AAACCUCUCUCCAUUAUGCAACUAAAGUCAAAAUCAAAAAGAGCUAAAAUGACGUCAUUUUAAGCAAUCCAGAGGUUUAACUCGCCGGUAAAUUAACUAACUCCGGCGAUGGAGAAGAAAACUCAGGCCAACUAUAGUUACUUACAACGAAGCUUCGGGAGUGUCAAUAGCGCUAAGUCUACACCUUUCAGCGACUGCUCCGUCGACUCUUCUCCGAGGACUUAUUCCGACGACUCCGACGAUUGUAUAAUUAGUGAUCUCGUUUCUUCUCUGCAGUCAUCAUCAAUUGAAGAGCAGAAACAAUCAGCGAUGGAGCUCAGGCUCCUGGCGAAGCACAACUCCGAUAAUCGCUUCAAAAUCGCACGCGCCGGCGCGAUUAAGCCGUUGAUUUCACUUACUUUGUCGCCUGAUUCGCAGCUACAAGAGUACGGUGUCACGGCGAUAUUGAACUUAUCUCUCUGCGACGACAACGCGAGACUGAUGACGUCAUCCGGAGUGAUUAGUCCGCUAGUGAAAGCGUUGAGAAGCGGUAAUCAAACGGCUAAGGAGAAUGCGGCGUGCGCGUUAUUGCGGUUAUCGCAGUUCGAAGAUAACAGAGUUUUGAUCGGACGGUCAGGAGCGAUGGAGCCGUUGGUGAAGCUUCUAGAAAGUGGAAAUAUUCGCGGGAAAAAGGAUGCGUGUACGGCUUUAUACUCGCUUUGUUCGAUCAAGGAGAAUAGAAUUAGAGCGGUGGAGGCGGGGAUUGUGAAGGUUUUGGUGGAACUUAUGGCGGAUUUCGGGUCGAAUAUGGUGGAUAAGUGUGGAUUUGUGAUGAGUUUGUUGGUGGGAGAAGUGGAAGGUAGGCUUGCGGUGGUGGAAGAAGGCGGAAUUCCGGUGUUGGUGGAGAUAAUCGAGGUCGGAUCACAGCGUCAGAAGGAGAUUGUGGUUGCGAUAUUGCUGGUUUUGUGUGAGGAGAGCUUGAUGUAUCGGAGGAUGGUGGCCAGAGAGGGUGCUAUUCCUCCGUUGAUUGAGUUGUCGCAAUGUGGAACCACUCGAGCUAAGCACAAGGCGGAAACACUGAUUGAGCUUCUAAGGCGACCAAGAUCCACCAAUACAUCUUCUACCAGCACGUCAUCGGAUGGGUCUCUCUGAAUUUGCUUCGGUCUCAUCGAUGCAAAUACAGACCCCGGUCCCCUGAAUGGAGAUGAUGAUGAAGAAUCUACGUUCUGUUAUACUAUAAGAAGUUGUAGUAAGGAUGUAAAUAUUUUUUUUUCUCAUGCUUGUAAAUGUGUAGGGCGGGAGAAGAAUGGCUUCCAGUUUUUGACAUAUUAAAUUGCAGUUUUGUUCUUUUUGCAAGAUGUAAAUAAGUUUUUGGUAAUAUUUUUUCUAAACUUGGAACGAA